ACCACUCAAGUAAAAAUGUUAAUUUUUUUUUUUCUUCUCAAGAGUUUGGCUGAAUUGGAAGUAUUAUGUACUCAUCUCUACAUAGGGACUGAUCUUACGCAAAGAAUAGAGGCAGAGAAAGCACUCCUGGAACUUAUUGACAGCCCAGAAUGUCUCAGCAAGUGUCAACUUUUAUUAGAACAAGGAACAACAUCCUAUGCUCAGCUCCUUGCAGCAACAUGCCUUUCAAAACUUAUUAGCCGAGUCAGUCCUUUGCCAGUUGAACAGAGGAUAGAUAUCAGGAACUACAUUCUUAACUAUGUGGCGUCACAACUCAAGCUGGCUCCCUUCGUCAUCCAAGCUCUAAUUCAAGUCAUUGCUAAAAUCACUAAAUUGGGGUGGUUUGAGGUUCAGAAAGACCAGUUUGUCUUCAGAGAAAUUAUUGCUGAUGUGAAGAAGUUUCUUCAGGGUACUGUGGAACACUGCAUAAUAGGAGUAAUAAUCCUUUCAGAAUUGACUCAGGAAAUGAACCUGGUUGAUUAUUCUAGACCUUCAGCAAAACAUAGGAAAAUAGCUACCUCGUUUCGUGACACUUCUCUCAAAGACAUUUUAGUGCUAGCAUGCUCUCUUCUGAAAGAGGUAUUGGCCAAACCUUUGAAUCUUCAGGAUGAAAGUCAACAGACUCUAGUAAUGCAGGUCUUGAAACUAGUCCUCAACUGCCUUAACUUUGACUUCAUUGGCAGUUUAGCAGAUGAAUCUGCAGAUGAUCUUUGCACAGUGCAGAUUCCAACGACCUGGAGAACAAUUUUCCUGGAACCAGAAACAUUGGAUCUUUUCUUCAAUUUGUAUCAUUCUCUUCCACCGCUACUAUCCCAGUUAGCUCUUUCAUGUUUAGUUCAGUUUGCUUCUACAAGAAGGUCCUUAUUUAGCAGUCCUGAACGUGCCAAGUACCUUGGUAAUUUAAUUAAGGGAGUAAGGAGGAUACUUGAAAACCCUCAGGGUUUGUCUGAUCCAGGUAAUUAUCAUGAAUUUUGUCGAUUUUUAGCUCGUUUAAAGACAAAUUACCAGCUGGGAGAAUUAGUUAUGGUGAAGGAGUAUCCUGAAGUUAUCAGGUUGAUUGCUAAUUUUACCAUUACUAGCCUACAGCAUUGGGAAUUUGCUCCCAACAGUGUUCAUUAUUUAUUAACUCUGUGGCAAAGGAUGGUUGCAUCAGUUCCUUUUGUGAAAUCAACUGAACCCCACUUAUUAGACACUUACGCACCAGAAAUCACGAAGGCCUUUAUCACUUCUCGGUUGGAAUCUGUUGCCAUUGUCGUGAGAGAUCAUUUAGAUGAUCCACUGGAUGACACCGCCACUGUGUUUCAGCAGUUGGAGCAGUUAUGCACCGUCAGCAGAUGUGAAUAUGAAAAGACGUGCACUCUUCUUGUACAGUUGUUCGACCAAAACGCACAGAAUUAUCAGAAGCUUCUGCAUUCAGCUUCUGGGAUAACUGUGGACAUGGCAAUUCAGGAAGGUCGUCUCGCAUGGCUGGUGUACUUAGUUGGGACAGUUGUUGGAGGAAGGCUGACAUAUACCAGUACAGACGAACACGAUGCUAUGGAUGGGGAAUUAUCCUGUCGAGUUUUUCAGCUUAUAUCUUUAAUGGAUACCGGAUUGCCUCGGUGUUCUAACGAGAAAAUAGAGCUUGCAAUUCUGUGGUUCUUGGAUCAGUUUCGUAAGACAUAUGUUGGUGAUCAACUUCAAAGGACCUCAAAGGAGCAGAACAUAGUAUAUAAGCCCGACUGCCUGGUUCAAAUUCCAACCCUGCUACUUCCUAGCCGUGUGUACGCUCGUAUGUCAGAAGUUUUAGGAAUAACAGAUGACAACCAUGUUCUAGAAACGUUCAUGACGAAAAUUGUUACCAACCUUAAAUACUGGGGAAGAUGUGAGCCUGUCAUUUCAAGGACCCUUCAGUUCCUAAAUGACCUUUCUGUUGGCUAUAUUCUUUUAAAAAAGCUCGUGAAGAUAGAUGCCGUGAAAUUUAUGCUAAAAAAUCACACGAGUGAACACUUCCCCUUCCUGGGCAUCAGUGACAGGUACAGUCUCAGUGACUUCAGGUGUCGAACAACCUUCUACACAGCCCUCACUCGCCUGCUCAUGGUAGAUCUAGGCGAAGAUGAGGACGAAUUUGAGAAUUUCAUGCUGCCUCUGACGGUCUCUUUCGAAACAAUAUUACAAAUAUUCAACAACAACUUUAAACAAGAAGAUGUAAAGCGUAUGUUGAUCGGGCUGGCAAGAGAUCUUCGAGGGAUUGCCUUUGCACUGAACACAAAGACCAGCUACACCAUGCUGUUUGACUGGAUGAUUUAUGAAAGGUACCCAGCAUAUCUCCCCAUUCUUCAGAGGGCCGUUGAGCGGUGGCAUGGAGAGCCAGCAUGCACAACUCCCAUCUUAAAACUCAUGGCAGAAUUAAUGCAAAACAGAUCCCAGCGUUUGAAUUUUGAUGUAUCAUCUCCUAAUGGAAUUCUUCUCUUCAGAGAAGCUAGUAAAAUGAUUUGCACUUACGGUAAUCAGAUCCUGUCCCUGGGGACCCUCUCAAAAGAUCAGAUUUAUCCAAUGAAACUCAAGGGCAUCUCCAUCUGCUAUUCAGCUCUCAAAUCUGCCUUGUGUGGAAAUUAUGUCAGCUUUGGCGUCUUCAAGUUGUAUGGGGACAACCAUUUUGACAACGUACUCCAGGCCUUUGUCAAAAUGCUGCUGUCGGUGUCCCACAGUGACUUGCUACAAUAUCGGAAACUGAGCCAGUCUUACUACCCGCUCCUGGAAUGCCUCACCCAGGACCACAUGAGCUUCAUCACCAACUUGGAGCCUCCUGUCCUCCUGUACGUCCUCACAUCUAUCUCAGAGGGCCUCACUACUCUUGAUACGGUUGUCUCCUCCAGCUGCUGUACCAGCUUAGACUACAUCGUCACCUACCUCUUCAAGCACAUAGCAAAAGAGGGCAAGAAGCCACUUCGGACCCGGGAGGCUACCCAGGCCGGUCAGAGACUGUUACAUUUUAUGCAGCAAAAUCCAGAUGUCCUGCAGCAGAUGACGUCUGUCCUCAUGAACACCAUCGUCUUCGAAGACUGUCGGAACCAGUGGUCAGUGUCCAGGCCUCUCCUGGGGCUCGUCCUGCUCAAUGAGAAGUACUUCAGCGAACUGAGGGCAAGUCUGAUAAACAGCCAGCCUCUCCCCAAGCAGGAGGUCCUUGCCCAGUGCUUCAGGAACUUGAUGGAAGGAGUGGAGCAGAACCUGUCCGUCAAGAACAGAGACAGGUUCACCCAGAACCUGUCCGUCUUCAGAAGGGAUGUGGCAGAGGCUCUGCGCAGCGAGGGCAGCAGCGAACCGUGCAGUCUGGACAUGAUGAGCUGACACGACUUCUCUGACCACGCGCCCAGCCGCCUUUACCGAGAGACUCCUGCGGGUCUGAGUCCCAGCACGGUGAUGUUGGCCAGCCCAGGGGAGUCUGUUUUUCAAAACAAACAACAACAAAAGCCCUACCUUUUUAUAAGUCUGGCCUGAUUAUAAGAAUGUAUAAUACGGCACAAACAAUGUAAAUUCGUUCUUUGCUCUGAAAAAGCAAAAGUGUUUUCAGUCUUUCUAUAAAAUAUCAUUAUCUUUGUUCU